GAAAGGUUUUAGGGUGCGAAGAAACUCAGACAAAUUGACAACAGAAGCAAAAGCAGUGGAGAGAAUGGGGAUAUUGGCAUGUUUCGGAGUUGUGACGCCAUUUCCAUUCUACUAUUGGCUAUGGAAUCAUCCUCAAACAUGGGUGAAUUUGUGCGGAAAAGGUCGAGAUCCUUGCAAAAUCAUGGCUAUGGUUUCUCAUUUUCUCAAGCUGGUUCAGUUCUUAUCGCUCUUCUCCGUUUCAACUUUUUCAUGGCCGCCUCCUCUCUACUUUUGGCCUCUCUUCUUACUCGGCCAGUUUCUUAACUUGAGGGUAUAUCAAUUGCUUGGUGAGUCGGGCACUUACUAUGGUGUACGCUUCGGGAAGAACAUACCAUGGGUAACAGAGUUCCCUUUUGGGACCGUAAAAGAUCCUCAGUAUGUCGGUAGUAUUAUGAGCCUUCUAGCCUGCCUACCUUGGGUUCCCUUUUUAUAUAUCUUCCUUUGGGUAUUAGGAUAUCUUUUCAUGAUACAUGUUGAAUCGAAGGAGGAUCCAACUUCUCGUGCCAACCUACUUUCUUAAAAUCUGCUAAUUCUUUUUUGCUUUCCGACUAAUUGAUGUUUGGCAUAUCUUCUGGUUCUCUAACUGAAUACGAAAGUUGCAACCCUAGAGUUUGAGAACACGGGUUUAUUGUGCUGAAAGCCACGGAUUUGAGUUCCAUGCUUUCGUCAAAUUUGUAAUUUGAGAUAGAGUUUGUUCUUUCUAAUCAGACUUGAUGUUGGUAUGC